GAACUUCUAAUUGCAGGGAAUUGAGAGAACAGAGUCUUGUGGACUAGAAGGAUUUGAUGACGCCGUUUCCUUGGCCGCCAGCUUUCAACCUCGUCUUCGCCCUCAUCCACGGCCUCUAGGGCAAGCUCGUCAGUCUCCAGGUCUCCGUCUUUUCGCCUCUCCAGCAAUCUCUCGAACGAACCAGACAAGUCCUCGGCCUGUCUCCACUUCGUGUCCGACUGCGACGGAGAACCGAAGGUCAGUCUGGUGGUAUUCCAGAUCCAGGGGAGCAUCCGGCGGCCUCUCCAUCUGGGCAGGAGCAGAACAAAAGGAAAAAAAGCGAAAAGAGAAAAGAAAGCCAACAAGCAGCUGCAGCAUCUCGUUCAGAGAGAACAGAUGAGAGAGGCAGCAGGAAAGGCUAGAGGGAAAAUAGGAAACUAAAGAGGAAUUUGAAAAAUUAGGAGAGAGAGAGAGAGGGAGGGGGGGGGGGGGGGGGGGGGCGGAAGGACGGUUCAAGCUCCUCAACGCGUCCGUGAUACUUAGCUUUACACAUUGAAAUUUCUUUCCUUGUAUGGUUGGGAUUGAAACCAAAUUUUAGAAGAAUCCAUCAGUUGUUGGUUUGCAACAGUCUGUCUCUGUGAGUCCAGGAGGGGAGGAAAAAAAAAGAGAUGGGAGAGAGGAAGGUGCUGAACAAGUAUUAUCCUCCAGAUUUUGAUCCCUCGAAGCUGCCGAGGGUACGUAGACCAAAGAACCAGCAGAUAAAGGUGCGGAUGAUGCUUCCCAUGAGCAUACGCUGCAACACCUGCGGCAAUUACAUCUACAAAGGCACCAAGUUCAAUUCCCGUAAGGAAGACGUCAUUGGCGAGGCUUACUUGGGAAUCCAAAUAUUCAGAUUCUACUUCAAAUGUACAAAGUGUUCAGCUGAGCUUACAAUAAAGACAGAUCCACAAAAUUCAGAUUAUGUUGUUGAAUAUGGCGCAACGCGAAAUUUUGAGCCUUGGCGUGCAGAGGAUGAGGAAGCAGAGAAGGAGAAGCUGAAAAAGGAUGCUGAAGAGAUGGGGGAUGCAAUGAAAUCCUUGGAAAACCGAACCUUGGAUUCAAAACGAGAGAUGGAUAUCCUUGCUGCAUUGGAUGAAAUGAAGUCCAUGAGGUCUAGGCAUGCUACUGUGAGUGUGGAUAAGAUGCUGGAGGCCUUGCAGAACACAUCUGAGGAAAAGGAAAAGAAAUUGGAAGAAGAGGAUGAAGCACUGAUUAAGUCUAUAGUAUUCCAUGGAUCUGGAAAUUUUGUUCGAAGGAUCCAUGACGAAGAUUUUGUUGAUGAAGAAGAUUUAAAUCAGCUCACAACUAAUCAUGGUGAAACAUCAAGUGAUACUUCAAAGAGAAGAAAGAUUUCUGAAGAACUUCCUGAAAAACCAACAGAUUCUCUUACGAAGGCCAGUUUUUCUGAUCGCUCUAACAGUAAAGGUUGGUUGUUUACUGAAAAUCAAGACGGUCCAGGAGCUCUCAGUGAUGGUAAACUUAUUUUCAAAUCGUCAUCAGUUACAAUUUCUGUUAAGAAACCAUUACUGGCUACCGGCAGUAAUUGUUCGACACAAACAAAAGAGAGCAAGCAAGAGGAAGAGCACCCAAAUAAGAGGCCAAGCAGUGGACUGGAGGCGUUGUUCCAAAAUUAUGAAAGUGACGAAGAUGAUUAGUGGGCAGUAUAUUAAAGUUUGUAUAUGAACAUUGAAUCUUUUUAUGAUGUCCCAGAGAAUUCAUUUAAUGUCAGUUUUUGAAAAAACCUUUGCCCCAGUGAUCCAGGCAGAUUCGGCAGGCAGUAAGCAUCCUGGAUGGAGAUCAGCGCCAAGACAAAAAUGGAACAUUGGAGUUGUGACUUAUCACAGAUGCUGUCUGGAAAUGUAUGAAUAUGCUAAAGUUUUCUCGAGGAAUGCAGGCGAGCUGCUAACUAGUCCAGACAACCUUCUAGUAUGGUUGAAGCUUCACCAAUUUGUGCGGUUUUAUUUUGUUCUCUUAAAAUAUUUCUGAAAGGUUUCUUCGCUUGCUGUCA